GCAACAUCCCGAUUGUACCUGGACUACUCGGCUCCAGGCAAUUCAAUCCACCCUACCAACCCGGGUUACCACGUCACUUAAUUGGAAUCGAUAUAUCGGAUACUACUAUACCGCUUCAAUGUCUCUCCACACCACGCUUCGCCGCACCGCGGCCUCACCAACCAUAAAACAAUCUACCACUUUCAUCUGCUCACAAUGUCGGCAUGCGUCGCUGCUUCGUCGGCCGAAGCGACCCUACACCUUUACGCAACUCAUCACGCUCUCGGACGGAAGUACAUUCCUGCACCGCACGACCUCCCCGCUGCCCGUUUACCGAUCAACAAGGGACACGCGCAACUCGAUCAUGUGGAACCCCAGCAGCAGCAAGCUGAGAAGUGUGGAAGACGAUGAGGCCGGGCGAUUGGCAGCUUUCCGAGCGAAGUUUGGAAGGAGUUGGGAUGCGAACACCCCUACUGAAGAGGCCGGUGCGGAUGCUGAUAAGGGGGCAGAGGACGGGAAAGCUGCUGCUGCCGAGGCGCAGGAGGAGGAGGAUAAUCUGCUGGAUUUGAUUAGUUCGUUCGGGCAGGAGGAGGCUGAGGGGACGAAGAAGAAAUAAAUAUGAGGAUUGAUGAUGUUGGAGGGCGAAGAUGGAUUCGUUUAGUAUUUUAGAUGACUGGGUUGUAUUCUAGGCUUUUGUACAGUAUAUCAUAGCAUCACCAGAAUUUUGCAUUGAGGUUCAGCUUCCUACAGCAAUGUUUUAC